UUUCCGUCUGUCUCCACCUUCUUAUGUGUGUUAUCAAAAGCUAACAGCCAAGCAUCAUUUCACACUUAAAGGGAAGUUCGCCUCGUAAACAAGCUUCCAGAAUCCUAUGUAAGCGUUAAUGAAAGUCACGUUCCUCUUGUGAACGUGGGUGGUAGAAUUCGGGAUGAGGGACGACGGCCGCAAAGGUGAACUCGGAAACCCUAACAUCAACCAGAAUUCAAUUCAAUUCAACGGACACAGUCAAAAUGGCCACACAGUCGUACCACAGCUUGAGCCCCAAGCUCAGAAUCCGGUCCCGGUCCCGAAUGAGACGGUCUCCAGGGGCCAAUGGGGCGGAAAAUACGAGUUCCUGCUUUCUUGCCUGGGAUACUGCGUGGGUUUAGGCAACGUGUGGCGCUUUCCUUACCUUUGCUAUCGCAACGGAGGAGGUGUAUUUCUUAUCCCCUACUUCAUCAUGCUUUUUGUUACUGGUGUUCCACUCUUCCUCAUGGAGCUGUGUCUCGGCCAAUACGGAGCGGCCGGCCCCAUCACCGUAUGGAAAUGCUGCCCUCUGCUCAAAGGCAUCGGCAUUGGAAUGCUCUGUGUGGCCGUGCUGGUGUCUCUUUACUACAAUGUUAUUAUCGCGUGGACCUUUUAUUACCUGGGGAGCUCGUUCCAGAGCCCGCUGCCUUGGUCAUGUGACGCUGUCGCCAAUGCCGCCAUCUGUAAUGGCUCGACUGGGGAAAGCCGCAGUCCUUCAGAGAUCUUUUGGAAUGAGCGCGUUCUGGGAGUGGUGAACAGCGAGGGCCUGCACGACCCGGGUCCCAUCCGAUGGCCUUUGGCUUUGUGCCUUUUGGCCGCCUGGAUUAUCGUCUUCCUGUGUAUGAUCAAAGGCAUCCACAGUGCUGGCAAGGUGGUUUAUGUCACAGCAACAUUCCCGUACUUUGUACUCAUAGUUUUGAUCAUCAGAGGUGCUACGCUUGAAGGCUCUCUUCAGGGCAUUGCAUUCUACCUCACUCCAGACUGGAGACGAAUUGCCAACGCACAGGUGUGGAAUGAUGCAGCUUCACAGAUCUUCUACUCACUAGGCAUCGGAGUUGGAGGAGUGCUUUCCAUGGCCUCCUAUAAUAAGUUUGACAACAAUGUCAUCAGGGACACGAUAAUUAUCACCUCUGGAAACUGCCUCUCCAGCUUUUUUGCAGGAUUUGCUAUAUUUUCAGUCCUGGGCCACAUGGCGUGGAGGAGAGGGGUGCCAGUUGCAGACGUGGCAGUUUCCGGUCCGGGAUUAGCUUUCGUGGCUUACCCAGAAGCCCUUGCUCUACUGCCAGGUUCGGCCUUCUGGUCGGUUCUCUUCUUCAUUAUGCUUUUCAUGCUGGGGAUUGACACACUCUUUGGCAACAUUGAGGGCAUCACCACCGCCGUGUUGGAUGAGUUUCCGCAACUGCGCGGGAACGCCAAGCACAAGUCUUUGUUUCUGGCUGCUCUCUGUUUAUGCUUCUACUUGAUGGGUCUCCUGUUAGUCACAGAUGGGGGCAUUUACUGGGUCACUCUAAUCGACUCCUUCAGCACUAGUUUUGGCCUCAUCAUCAUCACCCUCUUCAUGUGCAUUGGCAUCUCCUUCUUCUAUGGGGUCAACCAGUUUUGCAAGGACAUCAUCGACAUGAUCCGUCACUGUCCUCCCUGGUGCAGCAAAGUUUUGCUUUACUUCAGGGCAUGCUGGGUAUUCUUUACUCCUUUUCUUCUUUUGUUCAUCCUGACCUACAUCUUCAUCGAAAUGUAUAACACCUCUCUGAACUACGGCUCCUAUGUGUACCCUCCCUGGGGGAAAGCGUUGGGGGUGUGCAUGGCUAUGACCUGCUGUAUGCAGAUCGGGAUCUGGGCCGUCGUCGCCAUCUGCAAGGAAACCGGAACGCUGAAAGAACGUUUCUUCAAAUCCAUCAGACCACUCAACUCCUGGCGGACGAACAACAGCGCGGGGAGCGCAGAGGCCAACGUGAAUGCAGAGAGGGUGGACGGUCCAUUCACGGUGACGCUCACGAACAUGGACUUCAAUGCCAUGACGUGGGAGGAGGGGAGAGGCGUAUGAGGAACAAAUGAACACGAAGAGAAGAACGGACUAUUUUAUUAAUAAAUGACUUUAUUAACUUUAGGUUGGCUUUGCUGGUGGCGCCGGAACACACAUUUGCAGGAUAGUAUUAAUAAAGCCAGAAGUGCGACUUCUAGUGUAAAUAUUACCAACAGGGUACUAGUUGCACGAGCAGUAAGAGAAACAAAUGUGGAGGAUCAAUACUAAAAUGUGAUCAUUCCCUGCCAGUCCUUCCGGUUGCUGCAUCCGUUACUAUAUAAUGCUGCUUUAUUUAUGCGGAAUUUUAAAAAAAAGUUUUAUUUAUGGAAACCGUUAGCUCCUUUAGCUGUAAGUUAUGCUGUAUGUUGCAACUGAUGAUUAAAAUAUGAUAUUUCCUUUUUUUUAAUCCAAAUGAAAUUCCACUGACUACAGUCAACAAUUGAAUGAAAUACUGCCGCAAAUGAAAACAAAACAACACUGCAAUUGAUGGACAUAAUAUAUACACAAGGGUAAACAUGUGCCGUUUACCUGUUUCAAGGUAUACCGUGGUAUGAAAACGUCACGGUUUCAAAACCACUAAAGUUUUCAGUCAUACUGAAUUAGCUAUUUUUUAUACCCUAAAGGUAGAAAUCAGCAGCUUCAGGGCUUGCCUCUCCAUCUCCGGUUGUUGCCUUUAGAGUCAGCUGUUCUACACGAUGGUUGGAGGAGGUGAAACACCUGAACUUUCCCCCCAUUGAAGAAAACAAAGUUGUUUGUAUGGGAAUAUUUCAGCUACAGAAAAGUUACAGAUGAUUAGAAGAGGAGAUUAGAGGAGGAGAGCCAACUGAUUUAGACUGGACGGGGCUGAUGAACGUUUGUUCACUCGAAACCAGAGCAAUAGACUUCAUAAUGUAUUGACGGGUUAGAUCGGUCAUGCACUGCGCCUCACAUUCAAGUAGGGGGCCGCCCACAUCAUGAGGAGCUAUUCACAAACACGCACACAGCGAUCUAACGCCGGAUUUCUGUUGAAAAGUUGCGAAAGCUGCACUGCAUUCAAACAUGAAGGAUUGUCUCGGGAGUGAUUUGUUCGAGGAUUCAAGGUAAUUAUUAUAUUUUUCGUACGAUGCAUGCAUUUUAAAAUGAGAAAAAAAUCAAUGGGAGAAAUUAGCCGCUACGGCAUUGGCAUCAUACAGUGCCCUCCAUAAUUAUUGGCACCCCUGAAAAAGAUGUGUUUUUUUAGCUUCUAAUAUUUUUUUUAUUCAAAUAAUAUGGGACCUUAAUGGAAAAAAAGAGAAAAAUCCAACCUUCAAUACAAGUGCAUUUAUUUAGUGGGGGGAAAAAUCCCACAUAAAGAAAUAAUUAUUUGACAUCAAAUAAUGUGUGUCACAAUUAUUAGCACCCCUGGUGUUAAUACUUUGUACAACACCCUUUUGCCAACAAAACAAGGUCUGGGGACUGAAAUGGCCAAGGGCGGAGCUUGAUUUUGUGUCUGGCGAACCAUUUCUGUGUAAAUUUGGCCAUAUGUUUAGGGUCAUUGUCUUGCUGAAAGACCCAGUGACGACCCAUCUUCAGCUUUCGGGCAGAGGGCAACAGAUGCCAUGCACCCUAACAAGGUUCCCAAGGCCUUUGGAGGCGAAACAGCCCCACAGCAUCACUGACCCAGCCCCAUACUUCACAGUGGGUAUGAGGUGCUUUUCAGCAUGCGCAUCUUUCGUGGCAGGCCAGACCCACUUAGUGUGUUUGGUUCCAAAAAGCUCCAUCUUGGUCUCAUCUGACCAAAGCACACGGACCCAGUUGAAGCCUGGGACCGUGUGCUUUGGUCAGAUGAGACCAGGAUGGAGCUUUUGGAACUUAGCAUUUAUUUUACAUAAAUAUGUCGAACUGCACGUUUUUAUUUUUCCUUUUUUUUUUUUUUUUUGCUUUUAACCAAGAAUCGAGACUGUUUUACAUCCAUAUCUAUAAAGAAUUUGUUGAUUUAAGUAUGUAUUCACAAAAAUUUUGACCAGAAAAGCUCUGUUUACAUCAGGCGGCCGCUAGCUACAGUCACUGAAAAACUAGCAUUGUACUUUGACAUAUUUACAUAAAAUAAAUGCUAAAUGCACUUUUUUUUUCUUUUUUUGCUUUUAACCAAGAAUCGAGACUGUUUUACGUCCAUAUCUAGAAAGAAUUUGUUGAUUUAAGUAUGUAUUCACAAAAAUUUUGACCAGAAAAGCUCUGUUUACAUCAGGCGGCCGCUAGCUACGUUCACUGAAAACCUAGCAUUGUACUUCGACAUAUUUACACAAAAUAAAUGCUAAAUGCACUUUUUCUUUUUUUGCUUUUAACCAAGAAUCGAGACUGUUUUACGUCCAUGUCUAUAAAGAAUUCCGCUGAUUUAAGCAUUUAUUCACAAGAUUUUUUACCGGAAAAGCUCUGUUUAUAUCAGGCGGUCGCUAGCUACAUUGACUGACAGACUAGCAUUGUACUUUGACAUAUUUAUGUAAAAUAAAUGGUAGCUGCGAGGUUUUUUUUUUUUUUGCUCUUAACUAAGAAUCGAGACUGUUUUACGUCCAUAUCUAUAAAGAAUUCAGGGAUUUAAGCAUUUAUUCACAAGAAUUUUCAAAAAAAAAGCUCUAUUUACACCAGGCGGCUGCUAGCUACAUUUACAAACAGACUAGCAUUGUACUUCAACAUAUUUACAUGAAAUAAAUGCUAACUACACGUUUUUUUUGCCGUUAACCAAGAAUCAAGACUGUUUUACGGCCAUGUCCAUAAAGAACUCGGGGAUUCAAGCAUUUAUUCACAAGAAUUUUCAACUGAAAAAGCUCUUUUUCUGUGAUUCCACUCAGUGAGCUUUGACGGCCUCGCCAACAAUGCAGGUCUCCUAUUUAAUGGCCCCGCCAAUACAUGAUUAUGUCUAUGCCAGAGCAUUCGCAGCUAGUUUUUGUGUUUUUCAGGGCAUUUACAGGUCACUUUCUGUUCAUUUUAGGGCAUUUACAGGUCACUUAUUGUCAACUUUGAGUCACUGUUUAUUCAUUUGAGGAGAUUCCUGGGUCACUUCCUCUUCUGAAACCCAAAAUUGACAGGAAGUGACCCAGAAACACAUCAAAAUCAACAAGAAGUCAAGUCAAGCCAUUGACCGCCAUAGACGUCCAAUCCGUUUGGAGUGGUUCAUUUAUUUGCUGCCACCCUCCCAGUUCAAAUGAAUUGGACGUCUACUCGUAAUAAACUCAUUCCAAUUCAUAACAAAAUGAUGAAAUGUGCUUGUUUUUCUGUUAGUUGUUAUGUGGAUUGAUUAUUAUUGUAUCGCCAAACUGUGAGAUUAUUGUUAUCAUGAACCUUGUAUCAUAUCAUGAAAUACCCAGAGGUUCCCACCCCUAAUACACACUACAUAUGUUUGAAUACCUGUAAAAAUUGCCAAUGGAUAUGUAUUUGAAUGUAGUGUGUGAAUGUAUUUUAUGAUCAACAUGAGUCAGUUAUUUAAACUUAACUGUUAUAUAAGCAUUUUUUAAAAUCUAGGCUUGGUUUAAUGUCAUUUUUUUUUUUAUUUGGGGAGAGGGGGGUAUUUUGCAUUAUGUGAUUUUUAUAAAUGUAUAUUUUCAUACAGUAUCUCUAAUUUGAGAUGACAUAACAAUGCCCCUUAAUGAUAAUUGUGGUGUUUGUCUUGCUAGGGAUAUUUCAGAAUCUGGUUAAUUGCCUUAAUUGACAAUGUAUAAUUGUACGAAAAUUAGCCAUUUUGUCUCAAAUGAUUUUUAAAAUGUUGUUUGAGCAUGUAUUUAUUAAAAAUGUCUUUUCUUUAAAGGAAUUCCACCUAUCUGCCAGAAGAGGGUAGUAGUGA